UCCUCCUCCGCCUCGUUUCCGGUUUGGCUCGCCCCUACUUCCGGCGCCGCUCUCUGACGUCACGCUGUAAAACCUUCUCCAGUCGUGUCUGGCGUGACGCAACGCCUUCCUGUGUCGGGCUGGGCCCCCUGGUCUGACAGGACCCCCCGCCCUCUAUCCCCCCCCCGAGGUGGCCGGCGGAAAUGGGGAUGGAGUUGCCCCCUCCCACCAUGAUAGAGGGCCUCGGUGAUGAGGUGACUGUAGCAGUUGGGAUUUUCAUCUUAUUCUUGGCACUUAUCCUAGCAUGGUUGUCCACCUACGUGGCAGAAGGGAAUGAUCCACUUCUGGGUAGCCUAAUGCCUAGUGGGCGCAGGGAGCCUGUCCUAGGACUAAGUAACUCAACUCCUCCCACGCCUGAACCUCAACGUUCUCCAGAGCCUCAAGUGGAAAAACCAGAAGAAGGAGAGCAAGGUUCAGGGGACGAACAGGGUGCAGGCAAUGAUAGUGCCAACCUGGACGAGAUGCUGGAUAUCCAGGCAGUGCCAAACCGUGACCGUUCUGUGCCUCAACAAACUCAUGAGAACAGAGUUGGGCAAGAUGAGGGGCUAGAACAUGGCAGAGACCAAGAGAGUGGACAGGAUCUUGGCAAAGAGGAGGAUGAAAGCUGUAUGCAAGAACUUGGCGUGGAAGAGCAGACAGUGCAAGAAAUUGCCAGGGGACAGGAACUUACAAAAGAGCGCAUAGAAGAGCCCCAACCGGAAGAAGGACUUAUCUCAGUUAGACUCAAGUUCUUGAAUGACUCUGAAGAGGUGGCCCUGGUGAGACCCGAUGACACAAUUGGAACUCUGAAAAGUAAAUAUUUUCCCGGUCAGGAGUCACUGAUGAAGCUUAUCUACCAGGGACAACUUCUCCACGACUCCUCUCAAACCCUUCGCUCCCUCCAUAUUACAGACAACUGUGUUAUUCACUGCCACCGUUCUCAGGCUACCGUCCAGUCCAACCCAGCUGGCCCUGAGUCAGGGGGGUCCUCUCCAGAACAUGCUGGCCUUGCACCCCCCAUCGGGAACCUGAUGAUCCCAGUCUUUGUGGUUAUGUUGGCUCUGAUCUGGUAUUUCCGGAUCAACUACCGUCAGUUUUUCACUGCGCCUGCCACAGUCUCAUUGGUUGGUGUGACAGUGUUCUUCAGCUUCUUGGUUUUUGGCAUGUAUGGGCGAUAAAAUGAAGAGUUGUUCAAUUCAGGUGGAGAGUCACGCAGGACCUUUAGGACUGGUGCAAUUUCAGUACUAUAUGGGGGGGAACUUAAGAAACAUUAAUUCUGUAUUCUGUAUCAGAUCACCAAUGCUCUAUGGGAUUAACUACGCUUAGUCCUGCAAGUUCAUUUUAGUUUAUGGAAUAAGCUUCUCAAACUACGUCUAUAUGUUGGAUGACAUCACAUGUGUGAAUGAUACAAAUGUAUCUUCACCCUGUUAAUUGUAGGACACAAUGCUGGCAUUGCGGUCAUGAGCAAGCACUAGUACUUCGUUCACAGUGGCACCACUAGAAGUUAACAGGGGUCACAUUUCCCAUCGGAGAUUCUAUGUUUGGUGGCACAGAGUGACACUAGGUGUGGAAAUGGCCAUUUUCCUCUGUUUCAUGCAGUGAUUUCAUAGGAUGAGGCACGCCAUUCUAUUUCAGGAUAAUACAUUUUAUGAGGUUUCCUGUAAUACCGGGAUAGUAAUUUAUAAAUACAAUGUUAAUUCCUACACCUAGUCAUUUUGUUUUCCGGUCAUUGGUAACAUUGAAGGUCCUCGUUGUACCAUGUGAGCUUCACGCACAAUAUUUUGCCAUUUGGUUUUAAAAAUGUGUAUAUGAUUGGGGUUGUGUGUGUGUUUUUUUUUUUUUUUUUUUUUUUUUAAAUCUUCAUCUAUUAGGUCUUGACUGAAUUCAAAAUAUUACCUCUUUUAACAAGGACAAUAUGGCUAUAUGAGAACAUCAUAUCAGGCCAAUAUGUAUUUUAUGGUUCACUGACUCCUGACAAUUUAGUAUUGAUUUGCACAUGGUGGUAUAUGCAUAGAUACCCAUCAAAAAUAAUACAUUUCCUUUACUCCCUAAAGCUGGAGGCCCACCUGAGAAGUAUGCAAGCUUCUCCACCACGUGUCCUUUGCUUACCUUAUUUUUGCUGUAGACUGAAUCUUAAAGGAUUGGUUGAGUCAUAUAUUAACUCUACAACGGUUUGAUCCCAAAAAUUGGAAAUGACAUCACAAAGUCUGCUACUUUCAAACAGGCCAGCAAAGGACUAUACUUUAACAAAAAUCUCUCCUACAGUCUAUUUUUUUUAGGACCUGAUAGGGGUGGAAUGAACUGUAGACAAAGGAAUUGCAACGGUUUGAACUAUGAAGUCAUCUACUUUCUACUGUGCUCAAAGAAUGGGCUGUACUAUUUACAAAUCAACAUUGCAGCGGGAUACAGGCUCAUCUUAUUACCCAACUAUCGGCUGUGAUAGGGAAGAAAGGGAUUGCAUUGGUGUCAUAAAUUCCCUAUACCUAUAUAGUUAAUAUAUGAAUGAUUAAAUCCUUUUGCUUGAUGAACUAAACUUAGGGAUGAUGAAGCUCACUUUAUUCAUGAACCAUUUGCACCACUUUAAAUCCUGUUUAUGUUGAAGUAAUUUGCUUUAUGCUAUAGAUAAUUUGAAUGGGGAAAAUAACAGAAUGAUAACAUGGAAGUAUAUUGUUGAUUUGGCACAACAAUAAGUGUUAGAGGGGGUACACAUGUGAUUGAACCCCUGCAUUCCAUUUGGGGUACACUCUGAGCUCAAGCAUGGGGACCCACACCAUCCUAUAAUUAUGCCUUGCAGACCAAGAACGUCCCAACUGGAGGUACAUAGCGAUAUCUUGGUGAUGGUGCUCCUUAAAAUGAAUCUAUAAUUUGAAACUUGUUUGUGUUUCUAAUGUUACAUAAGAAUGAUCUCUGCAUUGUGCGAUAAGAGAUGGACAUAAAAUAGAUUUUAUUGAAUAUGGGAUGGGGGGAAAUUUAAAGUAACUGCAAGGUCCCUAGCAACAGGACAUAAAGAGGGUUUUUUCUUUUAGCAUAGCAGAUAUGGUUUGCUGAAAGUGUGGGGUAAAUUGAUAUAUUUGAGUGCAAAUUAAAAACAUUAUAAAGUU